CUGCCCGUUUUGUUCCGAGGGAUCGUGCGGCGCAGACGCCACCUGACACUUACUUGAGCGACCAUGCAGCCCUUCACCCGCUGUGUGCGCCUGCUGGGCGCUCGCGGCUUCGCCAGCCACGCUAAGCCGCACGUACACAUGCCCGAGACUGCGAUGAUUAGCAACAAUGGCACGCACCGGUUCGAGCGCAAGGGCUGGGAAUACUCGGCCUACAUGGGAAUGUUGGGCGGUCCCAUUGUGCUCUAUUUGGGACUCACCAACGUCCCGGAGACGGACUCGGAGGUCUUUGCCAGAGAGGAGGCGCUGGCUAAGCGCGCAGGUACGGAGUUCCUCGUGCGACGUCCCAGUGGCCCUGAAAGUAAGCGCUUCUUCUUCAAGUCCAGUGAGAUCGGCGAGCCGCCGGCCCUGGAGGAGGAGGAGUAAGUAGACUUACGCUUUCUUAAUAUCGGAUCAGACUCGAGCGCCUAACGCGUGAGCAGCCGCAUCACACAAAGACACAAGAGAGCUGCCUGCUGAGGAACUGGAUUCUGGACGAAAAGUAAGAGAGAGAGACAACGAAUAAGCAGAGCACACAGCGGCUCUGGUUGCUUAAACUUGAUUGACGAAACUCUAGGGCACCGCCACUUUUAAUGCUGCUGCUCCAGGAACAUCUUGAUCUCGUCCGUUGACCCACAGCUCGUGGUCAACACGUCGCUAUUACCGGU